CAAGAGCCUUGGAAGAGAGGCCGGCCAUCACAGGUCCUGACAGGGAAGAAGUAGGCAGGUCCUGACAGGGGAGAGCUGUGGUGGCUGCACAUCCGCGUAUAGGCGGGUCCAGUGAGAUGGAGUCCAGUGUCACGGACAGCGGGGCUGGCGAAACUGAGCGAGCCACGGGUGGGGACUCGGACAUUGGCGGCGCCGCUCAGGGGUCACCAGUCUCGACGCCCCUGGGAGCUGCCCGGUGGAAGCUCCUGCGGCAGGUUCUGAGGCAGAAACACCUGGAUGGUUGUCUGCGACACAUAUCUGUAAGAAGAUUUGAGUCAUUUAAUCUAUUUUCAAAAACAGAAGCUGAAAAAAGGGAAACUGAAGAGGAGGUUGGUGCAUGGGUCCGGUACACAAGUGUCUUCUAUCCUGAAUACAGUGUCUUCUUAAGGCAUAAUAGUGGAUCUUUGAAUGUGGGAGAUGUUCUUACCAGCUUUGACAAUACAGGAAAUGUUUGCAUUUGGCCAUCUGAAGAGGUUUUGGCUUACUACUGCCUCCAGCACAGUCACACAUUCAGGGACCUUGCUGUGUGUGAGCUAGGGGGUGGCAUGACAUGCUUGGCUGGGCUCAUGGUUGCUAUUUCUGCAGAUGUCAAAGAAGUUCUGUUAACUGAUGGGAAUGAAAAGGCCAUCAGAAACGUGAGAGACAUCAUCACGAGAAACCAGAAGGCUGGUGUGUUUAAAACGCAGAAAAUAUCAAGCUGCGUUUUACGAUGGGAUAAUGAGACAGAUGUCUCUCAACUGGAAGGACAUUUUGACAUUGUUAUGUGUGCUGACUGCCUGUUUCUGGACCAGUACAGAGCCAGCCUUGUUGAUGCAAUAAAGAGAUUACUCCAGCCCAGGGGGAAAGCAAUGGUAUUCGCCCCACGCCGUGGGAAUACUUUAAACCAGUUUUGCAAUCUAGCUGAAAAAGCUGGUUUCUCUAUCCAAAGACAUGAAAAUUAUGAUGAACACAUUUCAAACUUCCACUCCAAGUUGAAAAAGGAAAACCCGGACCUAUAUGAAGAAAACCUGCAUUACCCCCUUCUGCUUAUUUUAACCAAAUCCGGGUAGAAGAUUAAGCUUCUCAGAAGAGGAAGAAAACAUCCAGUACAUAGGGCCAAGGCUCACAAAAACAGAAACGUGUGACGGGUGUACUUCGCAACAAGCCACCAGCUCCCUGAGUCCUGCAGGCUGCCUCCAAGACAUUCCACGGGUGGGCCCCAGGCCCCACCUGUCCUCACCCACCCUCGCCCAGCCCCCUGGCUGCCUCCCCUUUUCACGUUGUGCUGGCUGCUCUGCCUGCACCACAGCCUUGUUGGUCUCCAAGUCUCUAUAAGCAGCCGGGCUGAGAUGUGAAUUUGACUCCUGAGCGACCUAAAUAUUUUCCUGUCUCACUGAGACAGAAUUUCUUUUGGUGAUUCCCAGUCCCACUUUAAAAAAAGAAAAAAGAAAGAAAGGUCUUUGUUCUCUUUUGGUGGUGGCUUGUUCUCUUUCGGUGGUGGGAGUUUUUAAUCAGCAAACACAAAAACAUCAUGAUUCCUUCCUGGUUAAAAAAUAAAUAAAGCACAUCUCUCUGAUCUCCCUCCAGUUAAUUGUAUU